ACACCCGUUUUGCUGUUGCUGCUUGUUUGUUUAUCUUAUCCUCUCGAAACACAUUUUCUAGCUUACUCAUUCAGUGCCUUACUUUACCAUUCUCUUAAAGUAGCGCAUGUCUUUUACGUUAUACUAAAGUUAUUAUUUCAAACUCACAAUUUUUUAAAAGCUGACAAAAUGAUAUGGCAGGCACAGAUAUGGACCCAGAGGUGGCUCGGGGCUUAUUUGAAGAAGGAGCCACGCUUGUUUUGCUUGGUGUUCCUCAGGGAUCAGUGUUGGGACUCGACUACAAGAGCUGGACCCUGGGCCCUCGAUUCCGUGGGGUGAAGAUGAUUCCUCCGGGGCUUCACUUUCUCCACUACUGCUCUGCCUACACUAAUGAAGCAUGUGGUGAAAUCGGCCCCAAAACGGGCCUGUUUCUGUCCUUGAAGCCCCGGGAGGUGCUUGUGGCCCACUGGAACCAGAGAGAAGAUGAUUUGGAGUUCACGCGGGACCCAGAGGAGGCCGAACGCAUACGGGCCAACCUCAGAGAGCUGGAUGGCUAUCUGGGUCCCUAUCCUUAUGACACACUCCGCAAGUGGGUCUCCCUGACGGACAGACUGAGCCAAGAGCAGGCGGCAGCUCUGCAGCCCCUCAGUGGGAGGGUGUGCGCCUUCAGCGACGUGGUCCCGGAGCUGCAGCUGACCCACACUAAAGACCGCGAGGAGCAGAACCUGCCCCGCAACGACCGGGAGUGUCGGAGCAUGAAAGAGGGUCUGGACAGACUGCCACGGAUGAAGCACAGGGAAGGCACCGAGCUGCGGUUUUCCACCAUUCCCAAACAGGCGUAUCCCCCCGGGGCCACGCCAGCGCAGAUCACACAGUGUAACAUGGAUUGGAGUUACGCUCUCAACUCUGUGCUGGAGAGGCAUUAUAAAGAGCAGCCGCUCAGUGUACUCGGAGAGCUGCAGUUCGCCUUCGUUUGUUUCCUCGUUGGGAACGUGUACGAGGCCUUCGAGCACUGGAAGAGUCUGCUGGCUCUGCUGUGCCGCUCGGAGGAAGCCAUGAAGGAGAGGAAGGAGCUGUAUCUGGGCCUCAUCGCCGUCCUCUACCAUCAGCUGGGAGAAAUCCCUCCGGACUUCUUCGUGGAUAUCGUGUCACAGAACAACUUCCUCACCACCACGCUUCAGGAGUUCUUCCAGUUUGCCAGCAGUCCCGGAGUCGACAGCACAUUACGCAAAAGAGCCGAAAAGUUUAAGGUUCAUCUGACCAAAAAGUUUCGUUGGGACUUUGACGCAGAUCUCGAUGAAUGCGCUCCGGUGGUGGUGGAGCUCCCGGAGGGAGUCACGCUGGACUGAUGCUGCUCCACACGGCCCCUCCACUUCCACUAACGCGCCACGGGCCGCUUUAACUCUACGCUCGAAACCGCAGCUUUUAUAUUGUUUUCGCAUGAACCCAAUUGUUUCUUUUCAGACUGCACUUAACAGAUCCGGACUUUGUCGUUUCCUAAAGAAACGCUGACCAUUCCGUUUUAUUAAAGAUCGCCGUUUCACUUCA